UAAGAAGCGAAAUGGGAAGAGCACGUGCGCGCCCGCGCACUGAGAGCCCCUUGCUGGCAGCUCUGGAGGUCUGACGGGAAACGGCUCCUUCUCUGCAGCACCAUCGCAGUCAGUUCACCUACCGAAUCACUCAUGACCGGACUGUACCGGACCUCCUGAGGCGCUGAAACCUGAGGUCUGUUUACUCAUGUUCCGACAACCCGGAGCUCCCGAACAGAACCUGAGCUGGAGAGAAAGUUUGGAGCUAAAUGACAGAUUAGUGCGUAAAGACGCUGGACUCGAUGAUGGAUACCUUAUUCUACUUGCUCGCCUUCGUCCUGGUCCGGCCCGGUUCGGGUCUCGGAUAUGCGGAGUCCAGUAUUCCGUCGGGUCAGAGAGCGGCCAGCAGACACAGGAAUUGGUGUGCCUAUGUGGUGACGCGCACAGUUAGCUGUGUGAUGGAGGAUGGGGUGGAGACGUACAUUAAACCAGACUAUCAGCGCUGCACCUGGGGCCAGUGUCCCCGAGUCACGUACCGGACCUACAGGAGACCGAGGUACAAGAUAGCUUACAAGAUGGUCACAGAAAUGGAGUGGAAGUGUUGCCAUGGUUACUCGGGGGAGGACUGCCACCAGGGGCCACAGGCGACCCCUGACACCCGUAUCAAUGGGGGACAAACUCAGACGACAGUAAACACCAGGGGAGGACAGAACGGCGGAGAAGGUGACACGGACCGAAUCCGGCAGCUGGAGGACAGAAUCCGUGUUCUGACCAAAGAUCUGGACAACAUGCACACCAGCAUUCAUGGCAUAAACCAAAGACUGAAUGGCCUGAGCGGGGCCACGAUAGCUGCAGAUUCAGCUCAGCCACACAUGAAAGAAACCAUCAGCAGCAUCCAGACCAAACUGGAUCAUCUCUACAACAGAACACAGGUCCAUGACCAGACUCUGCUUACUAUCAACAACCACCUGGUGAAUGGAAGAGGCAACGAACUGGAUGGGUCAUCUGGGAGAGGAGGAGGAGGGAACCAGCUGAACACCCUGAAGGAGGACGUCCUGACCGAGCUGGAGAACAGAGUCUCUCUGUCUUGUUCUGCCUGCCAGAUUGGUGUAGAUGACCUGAGACGGCAGCAGGCUGAGGACAGGGACAGGAUCAAUGCCCUCGAGAAGAGGAUCAACUCUAUAAACCAGCACUUCGCCCAGAGUUGGGAAAUCUCACGUCAGGAAAUUGAGCGCUCCCAGGCAUGCUGCAGUACGGUGACAGAGCUGGAGGAAAGACUGUCUGACGUAGACAGUCGUCUGAAGUUUACUUCAAACAAGUGCGACACCAUCAAAGGACGUCUGGAUAAAGAGCUAGCUGGCACAGGCGGAGGAAAGGGAAGGGUAACCGAGGAGCGCUUCAACAGCAGGCUGAGAGAAUUGGAGAAGAAGGUGAACAACACAGUCAGGAAGACGGAGCAGAGAUGUACCAACACAGGAAACAACGUCAAAGACACGGUCCAGAGGGACUUCACUCAGCUGCGCAACAUGGUUCUCAGCCAGCUGGAUGACCACAUGUUCAAGAUUGGAAAACUAGAAUUGGAAGUGUCUGUUCUGGGAGACACCAUUACAGACCAUAGCCGACGUUUAGGUCAGCUGGAGAACAUCACUUCUAACCUUGACAGAAGGUUAACGUCAACAACCAACAUGUGCAAUGAGACCUGUGGGGGUAGAGCAAAGGGAAAGGUGACCGAUGAUACUGUGAAAACCUUGGAAUGGAGGGUUGUGACCAAUCAAGGGGACAUCAAGAGGCUCAACAGCACUCUGAAGAACUUGUCUGUGACAGGAGACUCUCUGAUUGAUAGAGUUAUUGACCUAACCAAUGACGUCAAAAAGAUCGUAUCUGUGACCGGGGAGAAUGGGGAGAACUUUAACCGGAUCGUCACAGAGGUGGAAAUGUUGGGCAGGGACUUUGAGGACUGCUUGAUUUGCAGCAAAGUGGAACAGGACCUACAAUUGUUUACCAACGCCACCACGACCAGUCUCCACAGGUGUCAGAAGGAACUGACGGACCUGAGAAGAAAGGUGGACUCUGGAGAGUCCGUCUGCUCACAGGUCUGCUCUAACCUCCAGGAGGAGGUGGGGCGGCUCCGAGAGGACGUGGAGGAAUGUACGGGACAGUGCAAGAUCAAUAUCAAUGACCUGGAGAAACGCCUGGAUGGUCAUCAUGUCCACAGUGGACGGUUAGGGGACGAUCUAAAGUCGAUCCAAGGAGAACUGUCUGAGGUCAUCGUCUCCUUUAAUUCCAUUAAUAAAACUUUAAGAGACCUGGGCCAGACUUUACACUCACAUGGAGGCGCACUGGCAGAUCUAACUAACCAGAAGGACAACACAGUCUCUGUGGUGACAGACCUACAGAAUGAGCUGGCGGAUCACAUCGAUGACACGAAGAACCAGUUUGGAAAUCUGGACAAAGAGAUCCAAAUUAUUAGAAACAACUAUGCAACAGAGGUGAGGGAGUGCCGCCGGUCCCGUGACGGACUGGACCAGAGAAUAUCCAAGUUGGAGGGAGUGUGUGUCCGCAUGGAUUCCUUUUCAAAUAGCCUAGAAAGGAUCAAAGAAGGCCUGAACAGGCACGUGUCCGGCCUGUGGAGCUGCGUUAAUGGGAUCAAUGCAACCGUCGCGUCUCACGGAGAUCUGAUUGAGAGUAUCCAGAAGGUCCAGCUGGAGCGCGUCCACUCCGGGAUGCAUCAGCUGAACUCCUCAGUGCUGGAUCUGGGAAGGAGGUUCCAAGUCUUUUUGGAGCAGGACUUUAGUGGUCCACCAGGGCCUCGAGGAGAAAGAGGCGAGCCGGGACCACAGGGUCCUGCUGGGCCCCAGGGGAGGGCGGGACCCCCAGGCAGAGAAGGCAAGAGUGGACAAGUAGGACCCGCAGGUCUUAGAGGCGUACAAGGUCCUCCAGGAUCUGACGCUCAUGUGCCACGCCUUUCUUUCUCCGCUGCUCUGACUCGCCCGGUGAAGAAGUCUGAAACCAUAAAGUUCAACAAGGUCUUUGUGAAUGAAAACGAUGUCUAUGAUCCAAACACAGGCAUCUUCACAGCUCCUGUGAGCGGAAAGUACUUCUUCAGUGGCAUCCUGACGGGUCACAAAAACAUGAAGAUUGAGGCGGUGCUGUCCAAGUCCAACGUGGGUGUAGCCCGAGUGGACUCGGCGGGAUAUCAGCCUGAAGGUCUGGAGAAGCCCAUGGCAGAGGCCAAGCACAUCCCCGGAGCCGUGGCGGUCUUUAACAUCAUCCUGCCCUUGGAGGCAGGGGACACGGUCUUCAUCGACCUGGUGACGGGCCAGCUGGCCUACUCUUCAGAACCUUUGACCUUCUUCAGUGGAAUGCUUCUGUACCAGACUGUCUGAUGGGAAUACUCGGUUUCUAUCAGUGCCUCUUCCUGUGGACUGAGAGAAAGGACACCGACAGCAGAAGAAGCUGACAAACGGACUGGAUCUAUCCAGCUAAAGAAAGACAAAAACAUGUUUUUGAACCACAUUUGUUCGACGUUCACGGCUUUAAGGAAACAUUUUUGUAUGAAAAGAUUUUUAUUCUUUCACAUCUCUUCUGUGGAGGAGAAAAAGCCACUUCAGGAUUAUUGUUUACUUCCAUAUGUUCAUGCCGUGCUCUCAGCUUAGGUUAGGGAACAAGAUAAGAGAUUUGGUUUUAUUUAUGUGUGCUGUCCACCAUCACCAUCAUAGAGUCACAGGCUCCUCCCCUUUCUGUGCUGAGGUGGUUUAUUUUUGAAUUACUCACCAUUUCAUUUUGACCACCAGAACCUGACGCUGAGCACCAGUUGUCUAGGAAGAAAUGUGGAGAAGACCAGGUCCAAACCACUAUUCUUUAGAGGAGGAAAAGCUCAAGAUGACGUCACCGACAGUUGAGAGAAACCACCAGAUUUUAUAAAUCACACUAGCAGCCCAACAAGACCAUUUUAGGAGAUUGGCUGUGCACAGACACAUGAAGGAUGGGCUGAGGGCAGGAAGGGGGACAAUGCUGUCCAAAUAAGGGACAUCUUGAGACAAAGGGGACUCAAGUGGGCCUAAUAAGUCAAACAUUUACUACCAUAGACGUCUGUAAAAGGUUCACAUGAUAAAUAAUGAAGUCAAAUGUCUGCUAUAAAACCAACAUAUGAGAUGGAUGUGCAGUUAACCCUUUCAUGGCUGAAUUAGGACCUCCUCAGCCUGGAGGUUUUAGAUUCACUUUUUUUUAACACAGAAACAGAUUUUAAAAUGCGUCUCAGGAAAAUGCAUUUGUGGAUUUAGUCCACGCUGGCUCGCCUUGGCUGGGUCCAGCUCAGGAUACGACGUGGUCCUCGUCUGCACAGCCCUCCUCAUUUUUGUCUGGAAACAACAAAACUCCAUCAUAUUUUUGUGAGAAUAAGUGAAACUCAAAAACAGGAAUACGGUCCAUUAAUGUUAGUAAUCAGCAGUAAUCUGACUGAGAGACCAUCUAAAGGUGCAGGAACCCUUUGCAGGUGUUCUGGAUUCAUCAGCUGAUUAGAGUGAAACUGAGUCUAGGUUAUUGAACGUGGGGUUUUCAUCCGCUGUAAGCCAUAAUCACCACAGUUAUAACAAAUAAAGGCGGAAACAUC